AAAGGCUGAGCAACAAAAUAGGAAAGAAACUGCGAAAGAAAAAGAAAGACAAAAAGAAGAAAAAUUGAGUGAUCCAUUUUUGAGUACUGAAAUCAAACUUGGCAAGAAUUUAAGUUGUUUAAAGAAAAAGAAUUCCCCCAAAAAUGCUGUGAAUAAGCGACCCAAUAAGAAGACACAGCUUAUGAAAAGUGUGUUUGUACCUGUGUUGCUGUCAGCUUUGGAAGAUGAUGAGAAAGGGGAUGUUAUCUAUGAUACAAGAGGAGAAAUUGUGGGACAUAAGGGAGAUUUUAUAUUAAAUAGAUGCACAUUAACUUCUUCUGGUUGGUUGUUGUGCUGCCUACUAUGAACAGAGAUCUGAUACCUUCUGACCCUACUGCAGCUGAUUAUAUUGAGGAAGAAUCAGAAAAGGAAGAUUAUUGUGAUACUGAUGAUGUGAUGCCUACAGACAGUGGAGAUCCUUCACCUUCCCUUGACGAAGGUCUUGGAACAGACCCUAAGAGUGUUUCUUCAAAUUCCCAAAAUGUAUCACCUGAUGGUUGCUCUGUUUCAGCUUCCAAUGAUGAAGGUGUUGGAACAAUUGGCAGCCCUCAGUCUUCAGCAGUUUCCAAUUCUCAGAACAGGGAUUCAGACCUCACACCAUGUGAUCAGCCUUUGGCUUCAUCUGCAGGACAAAAUGAUACAAAUCCAGGCCUUACACCUUCUGAUCAACCUCAAACUGAAGAACAAGAAGGAAAUACUAACCCUCUGGCAAAACCAACGUCUGAAGGCAUAGAAAAUGUUCCAGUACUCGAUAUUGGUGUUGAUGAUGAUGAUGAUGAUGAUGAUGAUGAUGAUCGUCAUCCCAUCCGGCGAUCCAUUCGCCAGGCUCUUAAAGUAUGUCAACUGGAACAAGAGAUAAAUGUAAGAUAUCACUAUGAUAGACUGCAUUGCUAUUACCUUUUCUUCUGAUGUAGUGUCAGCUAU